AUUACGAAAACACAAGCGCAUAAAUGUCUCUCCGCGAUAUUUUCUUGAGAAAUGACUUCUACAAAUGACGGAAAAGACGUGAAAAGUAAUCAAACAAGUGGUCAGAACGGCAAGACAUAUUAUAUUGAACUUUACAAGUCACUCGAGGCGCGGUUAAGCGCCGAGUGCACAGGCGAGCAGCGCACGCGACUCGUCUGCGAGGCGUGGCGCCGCGUGCACAGCCUAUGUCAGCACUCGGCGCCCACCACGCACCCUCACCUGCUCGCCUGGCUUCAGCGGCACACUUCACACACUAUAUUACAGACUGAAUGGCAGUCACCCAAAAGCAAAGAUCAACAUGUUUGGCUGGAGGAAGCUCUCGACGCAUUCAUCGGGGAGUGUCAUGCGGCUAUCUCCACACGAGAUGGAGCCAGUCCAUCCUGGGAAAGCCAACUACUACACAGAGCCCAGUGGUUUAGAAAAGUCUUGUCAAAUCCCUGGGGUCAUCCAGUCCUCAAAGCUCUACUAGAUUCUAAAGGAAUUCAGCCAACAGACGAAGAAGUUCUAGGAUGGCUGAAAGAGGAGAGGGGCGUGAUGUUCGUGACGCGGCUCCGGCAGCUGGCCGCGUCCAAGUGCGACGACCUGGCGCUGCUGUUGGCCGCCGCCGUCAUGUUACGAGCGCGGAACUCCACCGGCGUAGUGUCGGACGUCGACCAAGUAGCCGACCAAAAAGAUCGAACAGAAGCGGCUCGAAGCGAGCCCACGUUCGUGGAUAUACUGCGUAAAGAAGCCGGAUUCACGGUGGACGUAUGGGAACUACUCACCGAUAUUGAAUUUGUACUUUUGCACAAGGGAGAGUCACGUUCGCGGUGCAUUGAAUUGGCUAAACAAACACCACUUCGCAACGGCUAUCAGCUGGUGGAACGUUUACACAGCCGGCUCGAAAUGUCGCCGCGAGACAAGAAAAUGUGGAAAAAUGCUAAAGAAGUUGCAACACUUAUUGCACAGGUGGUGAUCGCCCGCUGCAUGGUGGUCCCGACGUGCAGCGGCGCGGCGCGCGUGGCGCUGUACGGCUGCGCGCGCUCGCUGGCGCGGCUGCUGCCGGCCGACAAGCUGCCCCCGGCGGCCGCGGCGCUGGCGGCCCCCGCCGCCACCUCCAGGCACCUGCACACUCUGGCGACUGCCAUACAUGCGCAAUGUAAGGAUGAGAGAAAAUCAUUUGUAUGUGAAUUGUACGUUCGCGCCAUCACUGCUGGUAUGAAUGAAUUGGAGAGGCUCAAACUUAAGACUGAGAAGGAAGCUGAAGCUCGUUUGACAGAAGAAACUUUAUCAACAUGGUUCACACAACUUGGAUCGUUAUUAUCAGCAAGUUCCCGAUUGAGCUGCGAAUGCGUUCUUACAGCUUUCUCGGUUCAUCCUUCAUCAUUUAUGUAUGAAAGGGUCAAAUCGGCACCACCGCUCGCGCCAGUACUCAAGGAUAUUCAAGAACCAAGACCAGAUACUAACUCGGAGUUCGGAAGCUGGGCAACAGACAGUAGGACUCAGACGAAUUUGGUUAAGACAUCUGAAACUAUUAACUUAAAACAGACACAAAAACAGGCAAAUGUGUUGUCAACUGCUAUAUUUGCUGAGGGUGAAGCGCUUGGUCUUGGCGCGGAGCUUUGCCAAGAUCUCGCCGUUUUAAUCUCCGGACCCAGGGUUAAAACUUUAUCUUGGGAUAUGGACAGGGAAUCACUUCUUGACAAUUGUCGGACGUACAUGGAGCGUACGCAUGGAGGCACGCGUGCUCUGACAACCGAACUAAAGUACCUCAAUCUAGACCCACGCUCUUUCCAACACUUGCCGGAAGAAAUCGACGACGAGAACGACGCAUUCUACGGUAUUGAAAAAGGUUACGAGCACUUGGUAGAAUUGCAAGAACCAGAAGAGAUAUGGCAGGAUGCUAUAUCAGAUGAUCCAACCCAAACAGACAGUGAUCAUAGCAUAGAAGAGUUAUCGAAAGCAAUAAAUAGACGAAAGAAGAAAAGUAAACGACUGAAAUAUUCAACAGAUGAUGAAACUGACCCACUUAGUCUAGCCAGUGAUAUGAAUACGACCGCAAAGGAGAGACCUUAUAGCAAAGAAAGAAGUAAGGAAAAAAAAGAGAGAAUAGAUAAAAUUAAGAUCAAAGAAGAAUCAUCUAAAGAUAUUGAUCACAGAACAGAACUUGCUCAUAUAGUAUCACAAAAAACAAAGGACAUUCGAAAGAAAGAAAAGAAGAAAGAGAGAAAAGAACGUAAAAAGAAAGAAAAAACAGGUUUAUUAGAAUUUGAUACAAAACAACAGAAACCACCAAGUGGAUCUUUAUCAAGGCUUGUUGGUAUGAAAGUAGCCAGGGUACCAGAAGUAAAUGGACAAUCUAAGAGUGAUUUGGACAAUCAUAUUAACAAUAAUUUAUGUGUUACGGACAGUGACUACGAUAGCCAAGGAAAGUCGUCUAUUACAUCAAUAAAUUCCGAGGGCAAUGACCCUUAUGUGUUGUUUGAUGGGCUAUUUUCUAUGGACGAAAUUAAAUCCCCCGAAAAAUCAAUAACAAAAACAGAUAUGCUUAAAACAGACGAAUUAAGAGUAUCAAAUUGUGUUAAUACUCUUGGUGUCCGAAAAAUGUGCCAAGCGCCAAAUCAACAGCAACAACUAAAUUUUCAAUCAGUUAAGCCCAGUAUAAAGUCUGAUUCUACGUUUGCUGUUCAAAGCACUGCAAAAAAUGAUGUUAGAGAAGAAGUUAAGAAGAGUAUUAAAAAACUUAUAGAAUUUAGGCGACACAAAAGUAUAAAUGAAGGAAGUACAAAGCUACAGGUGCCUAAUCUUCAUCCAACAUUAAUGCCGGACUUGCCAACCUCAGACAAUGUGAUUGGUUCAAAUUCACCAAAAGUUUAUUUAAAUAGAGAUGAAGUAGAGCAGAUUAAUGCCCUGAAAGAUGAAGUGAACAUCAUUUUAAAGAAUUGCAGCAAUAAAGGAAAUUUAGUUCAGGAGUCAACAUUUGUUAAUGAAGUUAACAAGAAAAAUGAUAAAGUAUACAUUAACACUUGCGAUAAAACACAUGAAAAAGUUAUAAAUAGAGAUUCUGCACAAGCAUGUAGUACAUUAAUAAAAAGUUAUCAACAACCACUGAAUAAAACAAACAGUAAUCCUUCUGAUUUGCAGUUAGAAAAAACUGCAAAAAUCAAUUUGAUAAAGAGUAUCGAAACUCCUAGUCAAAUUCAAUACAGAGAGUUUCUUAAACAGAGAAGUUGCGGCGUCAUCAAAACAAAUCCACUAGUGAAAAAUGCAAGUGACACAUCAAGGCAAAAACAAUUUGCUAAUUUAGCCAAUAAACAGUAUCCUAAACAAAUAUGUAAGCCUAGACAAAAGUUAAGUAACACAAAUGUAUCUAUCAUUGAGAGUGUUCAACAAGAUUUCCCAAAACAAUCAACAAGUGAUGCGUCUAAAACAUUGCACAUUAAUACAGAUAUCGAAACUAAUCCUGUGGAAUCCUCGAUGAGUUGUCAAAGUAUGGCUAAUGCUAAUAUAUCGCCUACCCAGAAUCAAUUUCAAAGUUUCCUAAAAGAAUUGCAGGAAACAAUUAAUGCUGGAGCUUCAAAGGAGAAACCCGAUGCAAAAUUACUACCUGAUAAGACUAAUAGUCCUAAGCAAAAAAAAGUCGACAAAGCACCAAACACUUUUUCACGUCUUAGCUAUUUGCAUAAAAAUAAACAAAAUGAUAAUAAACAUAAAAUGGUACAUGACCAUACUAAACUUCUUAAAAAUAAGACUUCAGAAGAUAAACAAGACUUUGGUAUGAAUCUAGACAAAGUAAAUCAUUUACAAUCUAGAGGUGAAAUUGUUGUAUCCAGAGCUAAAGCUAAUAGUAAGUCAAACGAUAAUUCUAAGCUUGUUGUUCAAAAGGUACAAAAUUUCAAAUGCCUACCGUCGACAAAAAAUACUCCUUUAUGUCUUAAUAGGCAACAUCCAAUAAUAUCAAAUAUGUUAAAGUCGGAAAUUCGUUAUGGUUCAAAAAUAUUAAAUGAAGCUGAAAACAAAAGUUUUGAACAAAAAAAUAAUAUGACCCAAGUAGCUUCUCUAAAAGGCCAUCUAACAGAAAAUGAUCAGAAUGAUUUAAUAUCAUUAUUGAGACAGCAAUCUAAAAUGCAUCCGCUUAAGUUACAACAUAAGUCUGAUGAAGUUCAAAAAAAUCUUAUUAACUGUACUGAUACGACGCAUGUGAAUAAACAACCAAGUGUUAAGUCUAAUAACAAAGAUCUUCAACCUAAAGAUACUCAAAAUAUGAACAUAAAUGUUCCAAUUUUAGAAAAAUCCAACUCUACAUCAAAUUUAUCUUCAUCGAUAAAAGUUUCUAAUAACAAAUCUUUGAAUUCAGUUUCUGAACUAAAAAAGAUUCGCAACGUAAAAGGUUCCGGUAAAGGAUCAAUUUCAAAAAAUACACCUAAGAAUACUGACAAUCAAACAUCUGAUUGGGAAAGUGUCAUGAAUGCCCUUUUAGCUCACAAGACGCCAAGUAGGGGGCCAAAUGCUCUCGAUAUUGUACUUAAGAAAGAUUCGUUCGAAAAAAGAUCUCUACAAAAUGCGGAAAGUCAUAAUAAUAAAGCAGCUUGUUCUAGUAAUAAUAGCUUAAGAACGGUUAGUGACUAUAGCAACUCAAAACAGUGUCCAGUUAAAUCAAAAUUGACAUUGGCGAGCAGUGGGAAACCAGUACAAUUAGAAAUGACUCAUUCACCCUUUUCAAAACAAAAACAAGCUAAAAAAAUUAAUUGUCAAUCAAAUGACAAUAAAUUGGAUUUGAAAAGAAACAGUCCUUUAGUUUUUAAAGAAAAACAUUUGCCUGAUGUCAUUCAAAAUGCUAAUGACCCGUUUAUAUCAGGCAUACCGAAUUCUGAUUAUGAUUUAUUGGAAGAAUUAAUGGAUGAUGACUUGCGCAAGGAGAUUGGAGAACUAAUGUCAGAUGAGGAAGCCUAUAGCGCAUUAACACAAAGUCCUAAAACAAGAAAUGUUCUUAACACCAAAACUGCUAAUUCUUUUGUAAACAAAUAUCCGAAUCAUAAAGUUGAUACAGCCUCGAUCCGUAAGUCAGAAAGGGUUGAGUCUAGCCAAAAUUUGGACCUUGUAAUCAAUAAAAAUGUAUUUUUUCAAUCUAAACCGACGAAAGACUUGCCACCAAAAUGUAACAACCAAAUUAAGCCUAUGAGUCAAACGAAAUUAAAUACAGGUACUAUAACCAACGACAAUUCCAACAAAAAGCCACGAAUUAUUUCGAACGAAUUAAUUACUUCAACAAUGGUGAAACAACCUCCGAAUUCAAAAAUGUGCAAUAAUGUGCACUCCGUUAACGCAAUAUUUACAACUGAGAAGAUUAAUCUGAAGACAUCCAAUGUAGGUAAUCAAAAUAAAGGAAACAACUUACCAGCAACAAGUAUUUGCAAUAAAUCAAAAGUUGAAGAAGUAGCCAUCACAGACGUACAAAAAAAUAAUACUGAUAAUGUACUAAAUAGUCAAAAUCAAGCUUUGGACCCAACAAGAGUUAUUCUUACAGUACCUCAGAAAAGUGCAACACCUAAUGUGAUGGUGAUUGGCAGCGAUUUGAUUUACAACCCGUACUCCACGGUUCAAGUAGAACAGUUGAACAAAAAUUAUACAAACUUGAAUAGAAACGAUUACGUUACUGUGAAUAAGGCUCCAAAUGUAUCUCUAUUUACAACGCAGUUUGUGGCUCCCUGCGUUAAUCCUGUUAUUAUUGAUCAUUCUAUCUCUUUGCCAGUUAUACGCAGGGUUUCACCUAAUAUGGUAAUGAAUUUCAAUUCUAAUAUAUCUUUAAAUUCAUUUUGUCCUGAAUCAAACAAUUAUACUAUAAAACCCCACCAGGAAUUUUAUUUAAAUGCUGAAGAACCGAAGUCUAAUUGCAAUAACAAAAUUGAAAAUAACAUAAAAACUGCGAAAACAUGUCAAGAAAUACUUGAAGAUAAUAGAAGUCCGAUCAUUGUUCAAGAUAUUCAAGGGCGUUUAAUUUGUAACAUAUCAACGUCAAAAACCGAAUUGUCAAAUAAUAAUUUUAUAGCAAAUACGCCUAAGAACAUCCAUGUUGAAAAAAAUGAAAUAAACGAGUUGCAGCAACCAUUGCAGUAUAAUACAACUCUUGCUAUAAAUCAUGAUGUAAUAGAAACAAUAAAACCAUAUAAAGUUACACAAAAAGUUGAAAUGAAAAUAACAUCCGAAACACUAGAAAAUAAAUCUCUUAUGAGUUUAGACACUGAGUGUGGAAUUAAAAAUCCAAUAACAAGUCAAACAAUGGGAGACAAAAAAUGUGAAAAAGAGGAAGCAACAGAUCGAGAGAGAGUACAACUUAAACGAACGGUAAUAUUAAAUAGACAACUUUAUCAUCGUUGCUAUGAUAAACCAAUUGCUCUUUCUUAUGAAUCAAUUACACCAUCCAAAGAAGUUAUACAAUUGAAUGAAAAUUUACAUACAAAAAAUUAUGACAAAACAGAUUUCAACGAAAAACAAAAUAUUACUGUGCCAAUAGAAGAUGAAAAUCAAGAUGAAAAUUCAUGCCAAAAAUUGUCAGUAAAUGACAGUAAUAAUGUUUUAGUAUCGCCAAAUCGUCGUAUUUUGUUGCGAUCAUCAAAUGUUAUAAAGGAUGCGACGAUAUUGUCACCUACUGAAGUUCGGAUUGAAGAUAAAAAACCAAGAAGAAAGCUAAAAUGUCAGGCUUUAAUUAAAAAGCGAUCCGCUUUAAUUAAACCCGCUAUUAAUAAAACAACAAAAUUUAUAUCAAAUGAAAAAGAAAUAAAAAGCACAGCGAAUACAAAUGAAGGUAAUAUUGCGAAUAAAAAUGAAAAUAUUUCUGACCAAUCAAAUUGCACUUGCGUCGAUAUAGAAGAACAAAUAACAUCAGCUAUAAUUCCAAAUAUGCAUAAUAGGCAAACACCAAAUUUAAAACACACAGAAAAGAAUAGUGAGACGAUACAAAAUUAUUCAUUAUCUCAAAACACCACAGAGAAGUAUCCGCCCAGCUUUGGGUGGAAUGAUAUUCAUGAUAGACCUAAAAAAGAUGACAAUGUUUCAAAUUUAAAAGAGCAUGCCCAAAAUACCAGUAAAUCAGUAAAUCCUCUUGAAAAUGAGGAAGUAAAAACAUGUGAUGCGAAUACACCAAACGUAAAUGAUAAUAUAAUUAAUAUUAGUGACUUAAAGACCAAACUUUGCUCUGGUAUUUCUGGUGAAAAUUCAGAAAUACUGUCAUCAGUCAUUGAAGAAAAUGAUACAAUCGUAAAAGAUAAUUCUGAAAAAAUUGAUAAUAUUUGUAGCGAUGUCAAUCUAGAUGUUCAAAAACCGAUGACUAGUGAAAAUUGUACUGGAAUUCAGUCAGAAGCAUUGGAUAAAGAACAAAGCACAACAAUCUAUGAAAAUGUAUUGGAAUAUAAAGAUAAAGUGAUUUUUGAGGAAUUACCAAGCUGUAAUGAUGACCCCCUAAAGAAAUGUGUUCGAAUAAAACUUCCAAAUGGAAAUACUUUUAAAGCAACUAUAUCUGGUAAGUUGAGCGUUAACGUAGAUUCAAUAUUCGAAGACCCAAAAAUUAAAGCACUGCUAUGGCAAAAUAUAAAUAAUAAUUCAAAAUGUACUUUGAAUAUUAAACAAGUUGCGAUAAAAACACCACAUAAACCUCACAUAAUAACGACUAAAGUACAUGAUAUAUCGUAUAUCAAAAAACCUAUUGACAAUACAGAAACGAUUAAUUUAAUAAGUGACGACGAAGAUACUACUCAAACUUUUAAAACAGAAUUUGGAAAUUUUGAUAUUGCGAUUAUGGAUACGGAUAUGUUUAAUAAACAUCAAAGAAGGUUAUCCCAAAAAUGUGUUGUGGAAAUCGAAAGGCUUCCUUUUUUAACAAAAGCUAUAAACGAAUCUACGAAUGAAUUAGAAUCAAAAGUUACUGAAGCUAUUGAUGGCCUAACUGAAAAUGUAAAGAGUUGCACAUCUUCUACUACAUGUUUAAAAGAAAAAAUAUCGAAUUUAAUUGAAUUAGAUGAUUCCUCAAACGAGAGCAAGGCUAACAAUGUCCUAAAUACAGAUAAGGACAUAAACGAAAAUGUCGAUGAUUUAAAAAAAUCGCUACUUCAAGAUUUUUGUGUAGAAGAUAAAGAAAAAAAAAUUAAAGACGGCUGUGAAAAAGAAUUGUCCAUCGCAAAAUCACUGAAAAGACUUACCACAGAUUCUGAAAAUGAAGAAAUUAAAUCAAAAGAAUGUCUUUUAAAAAUAGAAAAAUGCGAUGAGCUUAUAGAAAAAAUGAAGAUCCAAAAGAAAAUGUGUUUUGUUAGUUUAGUUAGAUGCGACGACACUUUAAAAUACCUCGCAAAAAAAAUAGAUUUAUGCACCAAUAAAAACUUAGGGGAAAAAUCAGAAUUGUCACAAUAUUCUGUAGAUGAAAAUACGAUCAGCCUAGAAGAACAAUCUAAAAAAGAUUCGAUUUUGAAACGUAGUGAAUCAUUAUCAAUAUUAAGUGACUUUUCUGUAUCAAAUGAAAGCAAAAUCCAAGAAUCACAAUUGGUUGAAAACAAAAACUUAUUAGUGACCCCUACCUCCUAUGGACAAUCAUUAAGGAUAAGAAAAUGUGAUGCAUAUUGGUGUAUGACUAAAAAUGAUUUACAUUACUGUUAUAACAGUAAGAACUCAAAAACUAAAAAUGAGAAUGAUAAAAAAUAUGAUGAUGUUUCAACAGAUUGUGACAGUGAUAUUGAGACCUCUAUUUCAUUAAAUAUACCGUUUGUCAAAGAAACAAACAAUUAUAGCUCAAAUAAUAAAAAAUAUGAAGUGCCAACUCUUGUUCAGUUAACUGUUAAUUAUUUUGUCACUAACAGCAAUAUGAUUGAUAAUCUCCAACCAUAUGUAUGUUUAGCAAAUUUUGGUGACAAACCUGCAAAUUCAUCCCCUUUGAAAAGAAAAUCAACUGGUAUUGCAGACAAAGUAAAUCGCCACAAAGUUUGUAAAAUAGAAAAUAUUUCUCCCAAUCUAAUUUUUGAUGAGACUGAUAAAAAAGUUUUACCAAAAACUAGUAAUAAUACUCAAGAUAUUUUAUUAUGUAAUCAAAAUCUAGAAAAUAUUGAAAACAUUAAAGAUUUUGCGACAUGUAAUUUUGUUAAAUCAAAAGAAUCCCAACAGAUGAACUACUGUGAAUUUGAGAGUAUUAAGAAAAUAAAUGAAGAUAACAUAAUGGCUGACAGUAAAACGAUAAUUAAAAACGAAGAUUCGAUCAAAAUUAAAAAAGUUGUUAGUGGUCGUGAAGAAAUAAAGACUGCACAUAAAAAUAUUUCUAGAAAAAACUACGAAGAACUUCAGAAUAAAAAAAAUCUUGAUACUAAAAACUUAAAAAGUAUAGUGAACGAAAUUAAUGUUAAUACAUUUUUUAAAGAUGAACAAAGUGAAAUGCGUGAAUCAGAAACGAAUAUACCCGCAUCAAUUUUGAUAAAUGACAGUUUUGAUAAUAAGGAGAAGAAUUCUGAAACAAGAAAUGAAUAUUUAAACACUGAUUUUUUUAAUUGUGAUGAUAAAAUUGAAGUUAUAAUACCGUUAGAAGAGAUUGACGAUGAAAAUAUGCAGUCAUUACUCUUGAACACAACCGAUUCUAGGGAUAGCUGCUUAUAUUCAGAUAAACUUGUUGAGGAAACAGAAAAAAAUUUACAUCAAUUUGAAGUAAAAGAUAAACAAGAGGUUUUAAAUAUUAACCAUAAUAUGAAUGAUGAAGUUGGUAACAACAAAGAACCACAACCAAAAUGUACUGACAAAUAUGAUUCCAAAUCUUUAUUUUCUAAUGAAGCUUUAGAUGAAAACAUUAAUAAGAAUGAUAUCAUGAACUUAGGACACAUAGAAAAUUUAAAAAAGCAUUGUCGACAAGAUUAUUUACAAAACCAAAAUAACGAAAGUACAACUGAAGAAUGUGAAAAUAUAGAACUACAAAAUAAAAACGUUAAUAUUACAGAAGAAGUAAAAAGUAUUAUGGAUUCAUAUCAUAUGGCACACAAUAAAGUUUCAAGUGUCAGUUACUCUAAUCCAAGUGACUUAGAUACAAAAUCUUCAAAUGACAAUACCUUGCAACCAAAUGUAACACUUGUAUAUAAAGGCGAUUCUAGUGUUGUAUUAAAAGGUUCUAUUUAUGAGGAUCCUGUAGUUGGUACAUGUUAUGUGUUUCCUAUAUUAAAUAGAGCUUCGUACUCAGAUGAGAUGGACUAUAAUAAUAUAUGCGAUGAAAAAACGAUUAAUGUCAUACAAGCUUUAAAAAACAAAGUUUUUGAAGACAAAAAUAUUGAAAGCGACGAAAAAGAAAAUUCUAAUAAUUUUACUGUUGUUAUUCCCAAAGUAACGUACUCAAAACAAAGACUAAAAGAAGCCGAAGUAACAUUGAGUAAAAAAAAUUUAAAACGUAAAAGUGAUACAUGUGAUGUUAAGUUAAAUGAAAAAAGAUACCGAAAAAGCAAAAAUAUCGACUACCCAAAAAUCACAGUAACCGCUAUGGCAGAAUCAGCCUAUAGUAAAGAAUUUAAACGGCUCCUUAAUUAUUGCAGCUCUAUAAAAUUCUCAUUCUCGCAGCCGUUUCAUAAAGAGUAUAUAGAUGUAUCCAGUGUAUUAGAAUGUUGGCCUAUUAAAGGAACGGCUAUUAACACUUUUGACAAAACUGAUUAUGAUAAUGUUAUAUUCUCAGAAGAAAAUACAGACAAUAAAGAACCUUAUGAUCCUUUACAACAAACAUUAGCUGAGGAAAUAUCAUCAAAACAUAUGGAGCAUCAGUCGUCUUGCGAUCAAAUUAGUGAAAAUAAUUUUAGUAUGGGUUUUGGUGAGGGGUCCGGCAGAGUCAAAAAAAUUUCAGAAGAUGGAGAUAAUAAAUCAAAAUUUUCGGCUGCGACUCUGUCGGACGUAAAACAAUCUCAGCCGCUUUUGUUGUCCGAGGAUUAUGAGGACUACAGUAAAUGUAAAGUUGUAUGUAAGUCUAAUAUAGGACAGUCUGAAUAUGUAAAGCGUUAUUAUUCAUAUUUGCAAAUACGAGAUAAAGUACGAGCGUUUUUUAAAAAAACAACGUUAGAAUUAAAUUAUGAUGAUCAUAACGACAAUUUAAAAAAUAAAAAAUCCGCUUCUUAUGAAAAUCGGUUCCCAUAUGAUCUGAUUAGUCCGGAUUUUAUUGAACCUGCUUUGAUAAAAACUGUGGUACAGGUAGUGCAAGUAGGCCAAUUACCUGUAAGUGCAGCUGCUCAAAAUCCCAUAACAUGUGACCCGCGAGUUACUCAAGUAACAGAUGCCAGCCCCUCUCAGUGUUCAGCGGAAAACGGCUCUCACGAUGAUUCACAACCCACCAUCAAGACCGAAUAUACGGAAUUAACCACUGCAGAUCUAAGUUUACCUUUAGUGCAAGAAUAUGACCGACAUAUUAAAUCACAAGAAUCUUCAAAAAUGCUAGUUUGUAAUGAAAAUAUACCAGUACAAAUGGAAAUAAGCGAAGUAAAAAUCGAAGAAAUGCCUAUUAAAGAUGAACCACUUGAUUACAAUGAUAAUGAUGAUUUAAAUUCAUUAGUUAACAGACAUAUGAAUAAUGUGGACUAUUCAUAUAAUUCAAAUGACAACACUUCUUCAUCCGAAGAUCGAUCAAAUAUGAUAUUUGAAUCAUUGCAGAAACAAAAUUCUGAAUUCAUUGCUGAGCAGAAGCAACAAAAUGGUUCCACUGAAAAAUCAGAUCAAAUUGCUCACGCUAUGAAUGCUGCGGGCAUAACGACUACACCAGAAUUCACUACUGACUUAGUCGAUAUUCCAAACCCUCCUAUAUCUCCAAAAAUUGAGGCUCCAAGUCCCGUUCCGGAAUCACCCCAUUAUUCAAACUCUCCCAUAAACACAAUGGCGCUCCAGCAAGCGCUAGCACAAAUAUUACCUCCACCAUUGAGCCAAACUAAUACUGAAGAUAAUAUUCAGGCGGCCCCUAAUUCUUCUCCUGCUUCUCAAGUAUUACAUUUAGUGCAAGGCAAAAAUACUAAUGGGAACCAAAUGACUUUAGUAGAUAAUACACAGAAUUCUGUUAUUAAUAACUCUAAUACAUCUGUGUUACAUAUUGUUCAAAAUAAAGAAGUAAACACCAAUUCCACAUCGAAUGCAAACAACGUACAACAUUCAACAUCUUACGGUGGAAUGCCUUUAGCAGACUCAGGUCUUCAGCAAGGGAAUAAUCAGCUUCUUCACAUAGUAAAUACUGGUAACCAAAAGAAUCCUGGUACAGGCCAAUUGUUGAAAAGAGUUAAUCUUUUAACUAACGUAACUAAUAUGCAAGGAUGUAACGAACAAAAAAUGGUCCAAUUUUUAUGUAAAGCUGCAGAUGGCAAAUCUAUUCAUUUAAAUAAUCCACACCAAAGAAGCAUGGUAUUGAGACUACAACCGAUUGAUUCCUCAAGUAUUCAAGUAAACAAUAACAAAUCAGAAUGUCAAGACUCAAGUCCGUCGACUAAUAAUAAUAUUACAACAUCUAAUAAAGAAACUGUUAAUGCCCAGCAUGAAAUAAAGUCUCGCUCUGUGUAUGAAGAGAAUUAUGCAAAAUUUAUUCAGAAUUCUUCUAACAAAUCUAUUCCUGAAAAAUCAACCAGCUUGCCCAAAUUCAAUCAAGCGUUUGGCAAACAGGUAUAUCAAGACAAUACUCAAAAGUCAAAUGACAUAAAUUCAAGCGAUUCACAUUUAACGUCUGUGAACAUAAAUACAGAAACUUCAGAAUGUCAAUCUUCUGAUAAUAGUUUGAAUUUAGAUCACAUUGGACAAAUUAACAGCCCGCCUUUAUUACUGAGGAAGCCUGCUGCCCAAACAACUUCAACUCAACCUACAUUAAUGCAACAGAUAAAACAAACGAUUUCUCCUAUGAAUAUACAAACCAUGCAUGGUGGUGUAAUUUACACUCGACAAAUACCCGUUAACAUAGGUGGUGGGCAAACUAUUAACUUAAUAACAGUUCCUAGUACGGAACUAGUUGAUGAAACUAAUCAAAAACAACAUAAUGAUGGUAAGUAUCUUAAUCAAAAUGAAAUGGAAUCACCAAUUAUUAAAAUAGUGCCCCAAACUUCUAAUUCAGACGUUACUUCCGAUGAAAGCAUUAAUAACAACUCAUCUAACGAAAAUUCUCAAAAUGCGCCAACUCAGCAUCAGCCAGUUUUAACUCAAAUGCGCAUUAAAUUGCCAAUGCUAAGUAAAGCUCCUCAAAUGAUGUCUGGUACGAGAUUAGUACGUCCGUCUUUCUUUCAAAUACAGCGGAAUGUCAUUGGUGGAGCUAACCAACCUGUUUAUCAACAGUUGGUAUUAACGGCAGCGCCACCUCUUGGGCAACAUACUAUUCGUUUACCGCAAGCUCAAGCAACUAAACAUGUAAAAGUAACAUCUGAAAGUCAAUCUUCCCCGGAAUCUCAAAUGAGUUCAUCAACCCUUGAGCAGCUACGAGAAUUUGAUAUGGUUUUAGAACAAGUUAAAGAAAGAAGUACUGUUCAACCAAAUUCAAAUAUCAACAAUAGUUAUACUAAAUUAAAUACGCAAUCGUCUGAUACCGCUGAGAGCACAUCAAUAACUUCGACUGUUACGGAAUCUACGCAACAAGUUUUGUAUUCUAUUGGGUCUAAUCAAUCAGUAAAUGUGGCGUACGUAAGUAGGAAACCUAAUGUGACAACAUCCACACAAUCAGCAUUUGUUCGAUCACCAGAUUCAUCAGGCAUCAUUGAGUCUCCUUCUUCUUCGACAACACAUGUACAAAUUCCCCACACUGUUCCCAGCGAAUCAACGUCAGGUGAAGGUAGUAGUCAACCUGUUCAACAAAAAGCAGCAAAAGUAUCCUCGAAAUCCAAGUCAAGAUCGAGAUCAUCACAUCCACCAAAUUCCUUAAAGAUAAAUACUGUGCCUCCAAAACCGUCUACUCAAAAGCCUCUAGAAGAUGAACAGACUACGCAACGUAUACUGUACAUCUUAGCAGAAUAUAAGGAACAAGUUGAGAAUUCACCUGAUAAAGAUAAACCAGCACCACGUAGACGAAAUAAUCCGCCGACAAACCCUUCUGGAUCAUCAAAGCGUAAAAAGAGCUCCAGCAGCUCUCGGCGACCUGGUGCUCGCGAUAUUAGUCCAGUGCAUGGCGACGACACAUGUCGUACCAUGGGUUCAGAAGACAGUAGCUGUGGUACUUCACAAGGCGACUGCGCCGAGAGUUGUGUCGAGAGUCAUUCUCCUCAAGAUAGUCCACGAAAAGUUGUAAGGAAACUUACUUUUGAAAAUGAAACCCCUCGAGCCAGACCGCAGCCGCAACGUAAUGUUAUAGUCGCGGAUGGUCAAACAAUAACAGUCGCGAGAGGAACAGCUGGAAAACCUACAACAGCAGUUUUAAUGCCAGCUAAUUAUAUUUUGCCAGUUUCAAUGGUUAAGGGUGGUCAGCAAAUUGCUAUAGUGACAAAUCGUGGUCCAAAAUUAUUAACAGUCGCUGGAGAAGGAGGCACUACCAAUGCACUUUUAUUACAACGUCUUAUUGGACCAGCUGGUCUGAAGCCUGUACUAACACGCCCUGGAGUUCGCCACGUUCGUUUACCGGCAGCAGCUCUUCACAAUCUACACGCUUUCAAUCUGACUACAGCGACAACAGUUCAACCACCCGACAGUACAGCUUCACCAGCUCCAGCACCUACGCCACCUGAACCCAUAGAAACUAGAACUAACAGCUCCCCAUGGACUGAUCGUGAGUCUCAAGAUAUAAAACCAGAACGAGAAUCUAGUCCCGAAGGUUCAGAGCCGUGGAAUCUGUCAUCUUCGGCCGACCCACGUGAUUAUUCAUACGAAGAAACCGUGAGAACAGACAAUCUGGGCAGGACUGUGCUUGACGCGAUCCCAGAUCGAUACAGUCCCGAAAUGGAGGCGCAAAGGAUAUUUGAUAAGAUGUUCGACGUUGACUCGAAAAAAUCGUACAUCAUAGAUUCUCAAGACGAUUCGUCCCGUUGCGCAUACGAUAUUGAUGCGUCAGAUAGCGACGAUAAGGCCUACCACCAGGUGGUUCAGAGAAAAGAUGGUGGAGCACAUCGCCAGCAUCGGUUGACGCAUGUGUCUGCAGCGGCGCUGAGACAUAAAUAUGCAAUACUUGAACAUGAACUUCGGUUACAGGGUACAGCCUUUUUACAGAAAUCCUUAUCCGAAGAGUGCGAAGACCUCGGUGUAGACUCUCCAUCUGCAGCUGAACUCUUUCCGGAGGCGGAAUUGUUUUCAGGUUCGCCUGCGCACGAUGCCCAACAACAUUCACACACACCUCAACCAACAAUACUCAAUCAGAGUUGCAUACCUCAACCGGAUUUAGAAGAUCAAAUAGCCACCGAUCGGCUUCUACGACAAGAUGGUACAAAUGACCAGCAUGAUCUCGGCGUCACACUUGGGCUGGAUGAAGGCAUAGUGACGGUUAGUGAAGAUGGGAUGCAAGCCACAAUCACAUUAGAUCAGGAAGAAUUCGCUAGAUCUCAUCCGAAUACCACUUUCCAUAGCGAACCUACAGACGAAGGAGAGGUCCAACCGUUUACAAUAACUGGUCUCAAAGGACGGCACAUAACAUCGACCAUAUUCCACGCUGGAAGGGCACCAGCUACCGUGCUGGUAACAGCACCGCAAACCACGGUCAUAUCGCAAGCGACGCCCGACCACGUGAUACAUAAUAACGUGAAAUUCGCAAACAUCAACCAAAUAAUUAAUUCAUCACCAGCAGUGACGCACAGAAACCUCAACCUCGCCUCGGUGCUGGUCAAAGACGAGCGCCUCACAAGGUUCGACGGUAUACUCACAGAUUCGAGAGAACUGCAUCUAUCUAAUACAGCAUCAGCAAUCGUGCAUUCCACUGGUAACGCGACUCAAGUGAUCAGGCGAGUAUGUUACGAAGACGACAAAAGGGACUCGAGAUACUUAAUGGAUGAACCGGAACCUCUGAUCGCCGGUGAUGAUGCGAAAAUGAUAGCAGAAGACAGUUCACGAGAUGCAACUCUCGAAUCGAUAGCCGGCGAUGAUGAUAAUUCUCUCCCUGAACGACACGCUGAACUUUUCUGGGAAUCGAACUCCGCAUCCGAACGCUCGGACGGCAGGCGACCAUUAGACUUCAGCAGCGAUAGCGAAAAAUGUUGCAAAAGUCCAUCCUUCGACGAGGCCAACUCGACUGAUUCUAGCGGUAUCGGUACUCACGUUAGACUAGACUCCGUAAUAAAAGAUACUAGAGGGCUUGAAAGGAGCACUAGUGGAGAUGGUUCAUCCGCGGACGACAUGCAACCCCCAUUACGUACUUAUCCCGCCAAGCGGAUGUACCACGCGAUUGAUGGAGAAAUGGAAAGAAGCAUGUCCGGGAAAACUAGGGCCGGCGGUUUCACGGAAGAGAGGUCGGAAAACCUCGAAGUAAGACGGCGAGCAUCUGGGCGGGGAGUAGUGAAGCGAGGCUGCCACUGCUGCAAUGGCUCCCCGGUUCCUCCUAGACCAAAAAAACAAAGACAGAGAAAACCAACCAUGGACUUUACUUCCAAUUAAAGACGUAUAGUGAUUAAUUGACUUAAUAAGCUAAGCGGGGAUCUCGUCCUUAAAAGUUUCCGCGCCAGACUGAAUGCGGUUUUUCUUGACAAGGUUUCACUUAAGUGUAUAAUAAUAAGUUGUUAAAAUUGUUUUGUAAAUAACAAUAAACAGAUAGCUUUCGUUCAGAUACUACGAGUACUUUUUUUUGUUAAAAUUAUUAUAAGUUUAAAGGGUUCCUUUAAGAUGUUAUCAUUUUUAGAUAUAACUAAAAACUGACACCGAUUAGUUCAAAUCUUUUUUUUUUAUUUCAACUUAAUAUUUCAUAUUUUUUUAUCGAUAUAUAUUAUUUUUAAAGAUAUUCUGUUUGUUAAAUUUCAUGUAAUAUAUAAUAACUUAUACAUAUUAUAUUGAUAAUAUAUUGAUUGUAAAAAAAAUAAUUGUAUUACAUAGGUUACCUCUAUAUAGGUUAAGCGUUUCCGUUUAGUUAAUACAGGCCAUACUCAAUUGUGAAUUUGUCUCUUAGUGUUUUAGGUGUAUGGAAAAAUCUAUAAAAUAGCCCUUCUUUAUAAAGCUAGACUGAUGUUGACAUGUUUUUUUUUAGCGUAUUAGCGCUAUUUAAAUUUGAUGCCGAUAUUUUAUAGUUUUAUUUUCUAUACUGUACUAUAUUAGUAGAUUUAAUUGAUAUAGCAACUUCCAUGGGAAAUGCACAAAUUGAACGUCGACGAGACGGUGAGCUUUAACUUUGGCGGUUUAUUUUUCGAUGUUUAGUUAUUCGAUAACAUACGGUGCCAAUACUGGUCGAACCGUGCUUGAAUUUACAUACGCAAAGGGCGUUAAUAUAUCGCUGUAUUUAAAAGAAGAUAUAGUAGAAUUGUAUUAAGUUAGUGUGAAUUUAUAUUAUCCAAUUUUUAAGGGUGUAAAUAUUUUUUGUCCCCAAAUAUUGUUCCGGGGACCAUCUAGUCACUAUCGUACCGUUAUAGAAUAUCGUAUGUUUAGAUUGAAUGCGGUAUCGGUCUUUCCGAUUUUCGGCUUAAAGCCAAUUAAACUUCAGUAUUUAGCCGCUUGUAUAUAAAUUCGAAUGGAUGUGGGUAGUUACAUAAUAACCCCUGUUUUUGACGUCAGAACUUUUUUUCGUGGUACUAAAUACCACGAGCAAUUUGUAAAUAUUGAUGGUAUGAUGAUUAGUGAAUUUAGUGAUCGUCGGUCGUUAUCUAACGGUCUUAUUAUAGUGAAACGUAACAUAUGUUUUGUGCGCUCGUAAUCGAGCCGAAUUCAGUGUAAACCAUAGUUCAGGAUGUUACUUCAAGUAGUCGUAAGAUAGUGUUGUUAGGUAAAGUUCAUAGUACGUGUAUAUGAGCCUUUAGCCCGACCUUCAAAUGAGUUUGAUAUUUUUGAAUGGAUAACAUCAAGACAGACUACGCUUUCGAAGUCAGACUAAAGGCGAAUAGUGUCCAAAUAUCGGGACGUCUUUUUCCGCAAGUUUUUUGGAACCUUUAAUAUAUUUUUUUCUCUAAAAAGACAGUUUUUCUGCCAUUUCUAAAAAUAAGAUUCGAAUUUUUUAUAUAAUCCGGUAAGUUGUUAUUGUUCGAUAUUGUAGGUCGAUUUACCUUCGAUAUUACUAUCAGACUACUACAGUAUUGGAUAUGUGUUUUGUUAUUUUUCAACUAGGCGUUAAAAAUGUAUUAGCUGUAAAUGAAAACUUGAUAAUGUUUAGGAAGUUUUGUCAUUAUUAUUUUUUUAAUUUAUCCAUUGUGUUUUUGUGAUUAUGUAAACAUUAUUUUUAAAAGUGCUACACAAAAAUGAUCAUUAAAACUUAUCUA